CCAGCCAGUCAGCCAGACGCUGCUGUUGUCCAACGACGACGAGCAAGUGACAGAGGAACAAGAGGGUAGUGUUGUUGCAGAGCGAGCCAGAGCGACAGUCAGAGCGAGUCGCGCGCACAGAGACACGAGAGAGACAGAAAAGAGAGAAAGACGAUGGAUGAGUGGAUUGGAAAGCUUGUGUCGGUGACGACACAGGCGCAGAUCCGAUACACGGGCAUCAUCAAGGACAUGAGCCAGGAGCGCGGCACGCUCACCCUGUACAACGUGCGAAGCAUGGGAACAGAGAACCGCCCAGUGCAGCAGUUUCGUCCACCAAACGCAACCGUGUUCAGCAGGGACAUUGAAUUCAAGGCGCAGAUGCUGGUGAACCUUGAGCUUGUCGAGAACAACCCCGAGCUUGAGCAUGCCAUCCCACCUGCUACGGCUGCACCUGCGUCGGUGCUGCCUCCGCAACAGCCCGCGCAGCCCGCACCCGCCGCCCCACAGCCAGUGCGGCAAGCCCAGCAGCCAGCACCAGCAGCAGCGCCGGCACAACAGCAGCCCGCCCCACAGGCGCAGGCGCAGGCGCCACAGCAGCAACCGAAACAGCAGCAGCAGCAGCAGCAGCAGCAGCAGCCACCAAAGCAGCAGCAACAGCCACAGCCACAGCAACCAAAGCGGCAGCACCAGCAAAGGCCCGUGGCAGCCAACAAAGUGCACGAGCCUAUGCCAGCAGCCGCAACAACCACCACCAGUGGAGCCGCCACAAGCAGCAAGGGCAGCGAGGAGGCGACAGAGAGCGCAGAUGGCGGUCGUGGGGAGAGGAGCCAUCAUCGCGGCGGUCACCGUGGUGGUCACCGUGGACGCCACCAGCACCACCACCAGCAGCAAAGGAGGAGGCCAGCAAAGGCCCCACAGGAGCCCGCAGACGUGAAUGUUGAGUUUGACUUUGAGGCGAGCAAGACCAAGUUUGAGGAGCUUCACCGAGAGCUCAAUGACCUCGCGCUCGACGAUGAUGGUGGCCCGGCCUACGACAAGGAUGACUUCUUCGACAGUCUGCAGCCAGACAGCCGCGACAGGCGGGAGCGGGAGAACAACUAUGCGCUUGACAUGGAGACGUUUGGGCAGGCCGCCGUCGCCCACAAGAGCCCCCAUGACCGCAGGCGUCGUGGCAGAGGCCGUGGCGGACCCCGCGGCGGCCACCGCCACUUCAACCCGCACUACCACCAGCGGUACCAGCAGCACCCUGCGUCGCUCGGCUAUGGCAGCGGGUCCUUUGGGCUCCCGCCGGGCCCCUUUGACCACGGCCCGUCCUCCUUUGGCAACACCUACGGAUAUGGCGGCGGUUACGGCGGCCAUCGCGGCGGGCGCGCGCCCCGUGGUCGCGGCGGCUUCAGGCGCUACGACAACAACCGGGACGGCCGUGGUGGUGGCCGUGGCGGUGGCCGUGGUCGUCGCACCAACGGCAGCGGCAACCCGCGCCGUGGCAGCAGGGACGCCGCGACGGCACAGCAAGGCGAGGAGUGAUUGUGCCGGUCAUGGCGAGACGAAGCAGUGAGAUGGUGGAGAGACAGCUGCAUCACUGGCGUGUGAUGAUGUGUGUGCGUGCGUGUGUGUUGGCGGUGGAAUGCGACCAUGUGCGUGAUGAUGUGUUGGUGUCGAGAAGUUCGCGUGUGCUUGUGAUGGUGGCGAGCCGUGGUGUUGCUGUGGCCCUGCGUGUGAUGAUGUUGUGGUGGCGGCGAUGCAGAGUACAACGAUUGCGGGCCAA